AUAUGCCCCAAUUUGGCCUAAGUAGUACAAAUUCACAUUGGGGAUACAGUACAGCAGGUUACUCAUCGUACUUCACACCUGGUGCUUUGGGGUCUUGCGCAGCCCCUGCUUCCCAAUUUAAUACUCCAGCGUUGGGAUUCUCCGGAAGCACGCCCGACCAGUCGUCAACACAAGAUGCCUUUACUACCAGUUCAACAGUUAGUUCCUUAAUACCAGAACCUUCAGCUACAGACCUCGACCAACAUCUGGGUUUGGUAUCAUCUCAAAACCACUCUAACCACUCACAUACAACGUCCCACCCAUCGUCACUCCUUGUACCUCGCUACUCAACGAAUCACUCGGAUUUUACCCUCUCGGGCCCCAGGUCAUUAUCUGACAAUUCCAGCGCAGCUGAAAGUCCCGUCCAAGAUGACCUUAUAAACUCUCAAACGUCCCUGGGUGUCAACCAUGUGAAUAACGCUAACUUCUCCUUACAUCAAAAUAUGUCGCAGAGUAGUUACUCGACAAGUAACUGCAAUAAUUCGAUUUAUCCAGUAUUGCCUGGUCUUCUAUACUCCCAGUUAUACUCAGCAGCUAACCAAUCACAUAACUUCCAUUCUCUACAUUCUCAUACGGCGCAUGCGCAACAUAACGAUCUUCAAACAGUCAUGGACCACUUAUCGACUAGCAAUCAGCGACAGAUGGUAAACGGCACAACAGAUUUGCUUCUUAGCAAUAAUGGUACGUGUGCAGCUGCUGCUGCUAGACAAGAUGACGGUCAUAACAGAGGAUUGACUAGUAAUGGAGGUCAGAGAGGACCUGCGCAAAAUGGUGAUGCUGUGGUAUGGAGACCUUAUUAG